AUGAAUCUCCAUCGUCUAGUAGCAUUGGCUACAUUCAUAGCACUGUCUUUGGCCAUAAACACUAAAAAGGAUUUAAAAGUGCAUUUGGUUACUGUAGCUACAGAGAAUACAGACGGACUGAAGAGGUUGAAGGCUUCAGCUGAACAUUAUGGAUACCAGCUGAACGUUCUUGGCAUGGGACAGAAAUGGAACGGUGGCGACAUGCAGACUGCUGUGAGUUUUUUUUGGUUUUGAAAAAAGGGACAAAAAGUUGCAAGAACUUUCUUUACAAAACAUAAAAUGUCAAGAACUUUUUUUACAGAAUGAAAAUGGUAAUAAUUUUGUUUACAAAGCGUAAAAUUGCAAGAACUUUAUUUACAAAACAAAAACUGGCAAGAACUUUCUUUACAAAGCUUAAAACGGCAAGAACUUUCUUUACAAAGCUUAAAACGGCAAGAACUUUCUUUACAAAACAAUAAAUGGCAAGAACUUUGUUUACAGAAUAAGAAAUGGCAAGAACUUUCUUUACAAGGCUGAAAAUGGCAAGAACUUUGUUUACAACUAAAACUUAUAUUUUUUUCAAUUUUUUUUAAAAUUUUAAAUUUUCGAAUUAGAAAAAAUAUUUUCAGGGUGGCGGCCAAAAGAUCCGCCUUUUCCGUGAAGGAAUCAAGCAUUUGUCAGAAGAUGAAUCUACCUUAAUCCUCUUUGUCGAUGCCUACGACGUUGUCAUAAACGGUGACAUCCCAAAAAUUAUUGACCGCUUCACUUGGGAAUUCCCAGAGAAUCGUAUUUUAUUCGGAGCCGAGCCCUUCUGUUGGCCUGAUCAAGAAUUAUUCAACAAAUACUCUCAGGUCAAGUUUGGCGACCGAUUCUUGAACUCGGGUUUGAUUCUUGGAUUCGCUCCAGAAAUGACACAAAUGUUGGAUAGGCUGAAGGACAUUAAGGAUGAGGAUGACGAUCAGCUAGCUUAUACUAAUCUGUAUUUGGAUCCAAAGGUUCGAAAGGAAUUGAAGAUUGGACUGGACUCGUUGGCUAGGAUCUUCAUCAAUUUGAAUGGACAAGCUAAGAAUGUAAAGAUGGAAAUGGGCAACAAUGGAAAACCUGAGGUAAGGACGGGAGGGGGUGGGAAGGUUUGAAAGGGCAGGGUGGAUAAUGUAAAGUUGGAAAAUAAAAAGUUGAAGAUACUAAAACGCAGUAUAUAUCAUAGACAAGGUAAAGACGGGCCGGACUUGAACAAAAUAAAAAACGGGCAAGGUUUGAGUUGUAAAAUAAGGUAUGUUGAGAUAAGACAAAGAUUAAAAAAAGUAAGGUAAGACGAAAUAAAAAUGUUGUAAAAUUACCCUACAGUAAGGUUACCGUAGAGUAAGUUUAUAAAGUUAUUGUAUAGGAAGGAAAGUAAAGUAAAGUAAAAUACAGAGUAGGGCUAGGAAAGACCUAAUAGAGCUGUAAAUACAUGCCACGGUAAGGCUUUGGUAGUUUUAGUAGAAUAAUCAUAAGGUUAUGGCAAGGUGGAGUAGGCUAGAACAGGAAAAUGUCAUGGCUCUGAUAGGAGAACAAGGUUUCCGUAGGCCUACUGUGCGAUAAAUCUUAGAGUAGAGUAGGGUAGGGUAGGACAGGGCAGGGCAGGGCAGGGCAGGGCAGGGCAGGGUAAGGUAACGAAGGGUUGGGUAUGGCAAAGUUUUUAAAAAGUUUUUUUGAAAUCUUUAUUAAAUGAUAGUAAAUUGUACCUUUUACAGAUCUACAACCACGUCUACAACACCCACCCUCUAAUCAUUCACGGCAACGGUCCUUCCAAAGUUCUCCUAAAUCAAUAUGCCAACUACAUUGGAGGCAAACAAAACCUUCUAGCCGGCUGCCUUGAUUGUCCUGAACGAAAGUCAAUUUCAGGAGCAUUACCAUCAGUAGCCUUGGCUAUCUUCAUAGCCAAACCAAUACCAUACAUAGAGGAAUUUUUGGAAAAAAUCGAAAAAUUGGAAUAUGACAAAAGCAAGAUCGACUUGUUCUUGUAUAACAAUCAACAAUAUAACUAUGAGGAGGUCAAAAAGUUUGUGGAAAAGUAUGAAAAUGAGUUUAAGAGUAGUAAGGUGAUGAAUUUGGAAGAGGUGGAUGAGCGAACGGCCAGGAAUUUGGGAAUGUGAGUGAAAAUUUCAUUUUUUUUUAAUUUUAAGUUACAGUAAUCGACGAUGAUUAUUAUUUUGUGCCGUUUUAGUGAAUGGGCAAUUAAAACCGGCUCGGACUAUUACUUGUCCAUUGAUGGAGACGCUCAUGUAACUCACCCAAAUGCGGUUACAAGACUGGUAGAAAGAGCUAUCACUAGUGAUACGUAAGUUUUCAUACUACUUAGCUUGUCUUAACCUAUCAUACCUACCUACCUUAUUCGUAAGCUAGCCUAUUUUAGUCUGCACUACGUCAUCUCAUAUAACACUAUUUUAUUUUGCUUUGUCGUAUUCUGACAUACUCUGCCUUAUCUUGCCCUAUUUGGCCUUGCCUUGCCUGGCCUGCUCUGCUUGGCCUUUCCUUGCCUUGCCUUGCCGUGCCUUGCCUUUCGCUGUCUUGCCUUGCUCAAUUCUGUCUGGACAAGCCUUGCUUUGCUUUGCUCUGCCUUGCUCUGUUCUGCCUUUUCCUGCCCUACGUUAUCCUUAAAUAUCUUUGCUUUAAAAUUAUUCUUCUCUAUCUCCUAUACCUUAUCUAUUCUACCCUAGUCUACCUUACCCUAUCUUAUUUUACCCUACUUUACUUUACCUUAUCUUAUACUAUGUUACCCUACACUACAUUAACUUAACUUGUUUUACCUUACUGUACUUUACUUUAACUUACUUUACUUUUAUCUGCUUUGCACUGGCAUGUUAUAACAAAACUUUGGCUUGUGUUUUAAUCUUUUUUAGUACCAUGUAAUCUUGUCAUGUUCUUACUUUUGUAUCCCUGGCUAUUUUGUAGCGCUAUAUUUCUUUUCUCUUCCUUAGGCAAUGAUAAUAUAAGAUAAUUUUUUUUACUUUUUAGAGCCAUAACCAUUCCAAUGUUGUACCAAAAAGGUCGCUUGUUCAGCAACUUCUGGGGCGCAGUAGCACCAAAUGGCUUCUAUGCUCGUUCUGAAGACUAUGUAGAUAUAGUUGAGAAGAAGCGGAACGGUUUGUUUAACGUUCCGUUUGCAAAUGGCGUGCUUUUGAUUCAAAAGGAACGAUUGGACAAGUUGAAGAACAGCUACGACUUCAACAUGGAAUUGGACGCUGAUAUGAGCUUUGCUGCUUUCUGUAGGCAUCAUGUGAGUUAGAGUAGGGUACAGUAUACAUUUUAGAUUUUUUUUGAAAUUUUGAAAUGAAUUUAAAAUUUUUUAAAUGAAAAAUCGCUUUUGGUUGUAAAAUACGCCAUUGAUCAUUGAUUGGUUUUAGGGUCACUUCUUGAUGGUCGAUAAUCAAGACGAGCUUGGAUUCUUGGUUUACUCCGACUUCUUUGAUCAACUGACUCCGGAAACGAUUCAUAAGGAAGUUUACGACUUUCCUAAUAAUAAGGAGGUAAGGCUUUUAAUUCGUAUAUUGCUCUAUCUUGCCAUACCAUUCCUACUCUAACUUAUUAUACUCUUCCCUAUCCUGCCCUACUCUACCCUACCCUACCCUACUCUUUCUACCCUACCCUACCUUUCCCUACCCUACCCUACUCUACUCUACCUUAAUUUGUUUUACCUUAAUCUGCUUUACUCUAUAUUACUCUAUCCUAUCUUAACUUACCCUGCCCUACCUUACGUUUCUCUACCCCACUCUAGCCCUACUUUAGCUAUUUGAUUGCCUGAUCGUUACAUUGUCACUUUUGUCGUAUUUAUCUUUUUUUUCUUUUAACUUCCCAAGUUUCACCACUACCGUAUUUAAUCUUACCCUACCCUAAUCUACCCUACUUUACCCUACCCUACUUUACCCUACUUUUCUCUACCCUACCCUACCCUACUUUAUCCUACUUUUCUCUAUCCUACCCUACACUACCCUACCCUCUAUUAUAUCCUACUGUACCUUACCAUGUCUUUUCUUUCUUACUUUACCCAACCUGAACCUACUUUAUCCUACUCGAACUUACUUUACUUUAUCAUAGCUUACUCUUUUUUACUCUACCUUACGUUACCUAAUAUUAUCCUACCGUAUUCUGAUCUACUUCACUUUACUUUGCGUUAACAUACUCCACCUUACUCUACUCUAAAUUAGCCUUAUUUACUCUAUCUUACCUUACUUUGCUUUACUAUAAGAUUUUUUCGAUCUCCUUCUUCCCCCUCUUAGAGAAAAACCGUAGCGACGCCUCUGAGCCUACGAUUUCUCUCUCUCUACUUUAUUCUACUUUUCUUUACCUUGUCUUAAAUUUCUCUAGUUUAUUUUGCUUUACCAUACUUUACACACUCUACUCUGCUAUAUUCUAUCCCUUUACGCUAUCAUCUUUCUCUACUUUUCUAAACUUACUAUAACAUGUUCAACUUGUUGUAAGCAGGUGAAACGUUAGAUUUAUUAUAACUUUUUGUAUCAUAACUAACUUUCUCUCAGCUCUGGGAAUCCCGCUACCUCCACCCAGACUACUACAACGUCUUAGCUCCAGGCGCUGCCGUCUCUCAACCUUGUCCAGAUGUCUUCGACUUUCCAUUUAUUUCGGAAAGAAUGGCACAAGAAAUGAUUAACAUAAUGAAUAACUACGGUAAAUGGUCGUCAGGAAAGAAUGAAGAUGAAAGGUUGGCAGGUGGAUACGAGAAUGUACCUACAAGAGAUAUUCACAUGCGACAAGUUGGUCUACACCAUCAGUGGCUAGCCGUUCUGGACAGUUAUGCCGCUCCAAUGCAGGAGAAGGUGUUCGAGGGGUAUUAUAAUAGGGUAAGGGUGGGUAGGGGGAGAAUAAGGGAGGGUAGGGUAAUACCUUGUUUUAGGGGGGGGGGUUUGUUUUAGGGGUCAAAAGGGGCAUGAUACUGUAAAUUUUUUUGAUAUUUUUUUUAUUUUACGUUUUAAAAAAUUUUAAAAUUUCGAAAAAAUUUUUAAAAAUUUUAGCCAAUCCAAUCCGAAAUGAUGUUCGUAGUCCGCUACAAACCGGAAGAACAAAGCUUCUUGAGGCCUCAUAACGACGCCUCCACCUAUUCAAUCGACAUCGCUCUAAACAAAAAAGGUCGCGACUUUGAAGGUGGUGGUGUCAGAUAUGUCAGGUAUAACUGCACGGUUCCUGCUGAUGAAGUUGGUAAGUAAAAGUUUUGUUUUCCAAUGUAAAAAGGGGGUUUAAAAGGACUUUUUAAUGUAAAAAAUAGGGUUUAAAAUGAUUUUUAUGGCUUUGCACGGUGCAAAAAUAAUUUUUGGGGUUUUGCACAGUGCAAAAAAAUAAAUUGUUAUCAAGCUGUUAUUUUUCAAUGAAUUUUCAUAAAAUUUUAAAUUUGGGGUUUUGGCAAUGAUAACUUUCUAAUUGGCAAAAAAAUCUUGUUUUAUUAGUUGGAGCGAUACGGAAACUUUAAAUUUAUGUUUUGCACUGUGCAAAAAAUUAAAUUUGUUAAUACAUUGCCAUUUUUGAUGAAGUUUGAUAAAAAUUUUAAAUUUAUGAUGCUUACAAGGAUAACUUUGCAUUUGUUAAACAUUUUUUACUUUGUUUCGUGACAAUUUACCAAUAGUGUUAAUUUUGGUUUGCACGGUGCAAAAAGUAAAAAUUGUUGUCACAUUGCCAUUUUUUGAUGAAUUUUGGAAAAGAUGAACGUUUUGGACACUCAAAGAGCUAGAUUUACAUUUUCGAUAAAAAAAGUAGUGUACUUGUUUAUUUGCAUUGUAAAAAACAUGUUUAAUAUUUUGCACGGUGCAAAAAGCCAAAAUUGUUUGCACAGUGCAGAUUUUUCGUGAAUUUUUCAAAAGUUGGGUUCACACUUUUUAUUAGUCGUAUUUUAACAAAAGAAAGCAAAGAAUUAGCUUUUACUUGUAAACAACUCAAAGAUAAAAAAUUUAUUUUCAGGACAUUCCAUGUUGUUCCCAGGCCGUUUGACUCAUCUACAUGAAGGUCUGCCUACAACAAAGGGAACUAGGUACAUCUUGGUGUCUUUUUUGAACCCAUAA